GGGUAAGAUCCUGGGACCUCAGCCAAAUCUGAAGAUCUGAAUUUGUGGAGUGCAUAGUCAUUAGAAGUCUUCCUGGUGCUUGAGGCAUGAGUCCUGCUGUCUUGCUGGCCAUCUUGUGCUUAGGAGUGACCAAAGCUACUCAAUCAUCUGAUCCCAGUUUGGAUUCUGAAUGGCAGAAGUGGAAGAUAAAAUAUGACAAAAACUAUAGCUUGGAGGAAGAAGGACAGAAAAGAGCAGUAUGGGAAGAAAACAUGAAACUGGUCAAACAGCAUAAUAUUGAAUAUGAUCAGGGAAAGAAAAAUUUCACCAUGGAUGUCAACGCCUUUGGUGACAUGACUGGUGAGGAAUUCAGGAAAAUGAUGACUGAUAUUCCAGUCCCGAAUCUUAGGAAGAAGAAAAGUAUCCACCAACCUAUUGUUGGUGAUCUCCCCAAAUUUGUGGACUGGAGAAGAAGAGGCUAUGUGACUUCUGUGAAGGAUCAGGGCAGAUGUAAUUCUUGUUGGGCUUUUUCUGUGGCUGGUGCUAUAGAAGGACAGAUAUUCUGGAAAACAGGCAAACUGGUCUCACUGAGUCCACAGAACUUAGUGGACUGCUCUAGACCUGAUGGGAAUUAUGGUUGUUAUAUGGGCAGUACAUUCAAUGCUUUAAAGUAUGUGUGGAAAAAUGGAGGUCUGGAGGCUGACUCUACCUAUCCAUAUGAAGGAAGGGAAGGACACUGCCGGUACCUCCCUGAACGUUCUGCUGCUACAAUCACAGGCUUUUCAUUUGUGUCACAGAAUGAGGAAUCUUUAAUGCAUGCUUUAGCAACUAUAGGGCCCAUCUCUGUUGGAAUCGAUGCUGCACAUGAAUCUUUCAGAUUUUAUAGGGGAGGUAUUUAUUAUGAGCCAAAGUGCAGCAGUAAUACCAUCAACCAUUCUGUUCUGGUAGUUGGCUAUGGCUAUGAAGGAAGAGAGUCAGAUGGCAGGAAAUACUGGCUGAUAAAGAACAGUCAUGGUGAACAAUGGGGCAUGAAUGGCUACAUGAAGCUUGCCAGAGGAUGGAACAACCACUGUGGAAUUGCUAGAUAUGCUGUUUUCCCCAGAGUGUAAGCUGCUUAAUGGUAAAAAAGAAUUGAAGUAGAGACUGCCUGUAAAGUGGAGACACUUCCUAUUUACCAUGACCAGACACUACUGCAUGGAUAGAACACAUGAGUUACUGUAGAACAUGGUGUAUGUGAAUUCUUUUAUGUGUUUACUCCAGUAAGACAUGAUGGCUACUGUAACUGAAGCACUUCACUGAUUUGUAUUUGAUUUCCAUAAUAACUUGAUUUUGUGUUUGUUUAAUGAGUGUUCAAAAUAAUAUCUUUAAGAAACGUUUAAGUUCAAA